UCAAGAUUCGGCCUCACCGGUAAUCCAUCGCCAUGGCCGAGGAAGGCAUUGCUGCUGGAGGUGUAAUGGACGUCAAUACUGCUCUACAAGAGGUGCUGAAGACCGCCCCCAUCCACGAUGGCCCGGCACGUGGCAUCCGCGAAGCUGCCAAAGCGUUAGACAAGCGCCAAGCCCAUCUCUGUGUGCUCGCAUCCAAUUGUGAUGAGCCUAUGUAUGUCAAGUUGGUGGAGGCACUUUGUGCUGAGCACCAAAUCAACCUAAUUAAGGUUGAUGACAACAAGAAACUAGGGGAAUGGGUAGGCCUCUGUAAAAUCGAUCGCGAGGGGAAACCACGGAAAGUGGUUGGUUGCAGUUGUGUAGUGGUUAAGGACUAUGGCAAAGAAUCUCAGGCCAAGGAUGUCAUCGAGGAGUACUUCAAGUGCAAGAAAUGAAUAAAUAAAAAUUUUGCUUCAAAAAAAA